AAGAGAAAACGACAGCCAUAACGUACUUGUUGCAGAAUGUAUAACACGCGAUAAAUUUGAAUUUAUAUUGUCAAAUAUUCAUGUCAAAAACAAUGAAGAUCUAGAUAUCGCGGACCGAUUUUCGAAAGUAAGACCUUUAUUUGACCACCUCAAUAGAAAGUUUAUGGAAAAUAAUCAGAUGGAGGAAAUGCACUGCGUUGAUGAGGCUAUGGUUCCCUAUUUCGGAAGGCAUGGAUGCAAGCAGUUUCUACGAGGAAAGCCAAUAAGAUAUGGGUAUAAGCUUUGGGUAGGAUCAACCAGGCUAGGGUUCGUAAAUUGGUUUGAGCCUUAUCAAGGAGCAUCAACAAACAUAAGUGUGACAUACAGCAACUAUGGCGUAGGUGUUGCCGUUGUUCUAGAAUACGCUGAGACGCUGCGCAAGAAAUGGCGUGAUGAAAAAAUGCACAUAUUCUUCGACAAUUUUUUUACUACUAUUCCACUUAUGGAGAAACUUACAGACAUGGGUUUUCAAGCAACAGGUACGAUAAGAGAAAAUCGUGUAUCCGGCAAUCCAUUACUCGACUCGAAAGUACUAAAAAAGCAAGACCGUGGGUCUUUUGACUUCGCUAAAAUAACUGACCAUAAUAUCAUUGUCGUCAAAUGGAACGACAACAACUUAGUAUGCUUAUGUUCAAAUAAUUCUGGAGUCAACCCGAUAUGUAAUGUAAGAAGAUUUUCGCGAAAAGAGGGAAAACAUAUUCAGAUUCAGCAGCCUCAUUUAGUUCGCUUAUACAACGCAAAUAUGGGGGGUGUAGAUCGAUCAGACCAGAAUAUUGGCCUUUACAGAACAUCUAUCAGAGGAAAGAAAUGGUAUUUUCCACUUAUAACCCACUGCGUCGAUUUGGCAAUACAAAACGCAUGGCAUCUUCAUCGAAACAAUGGGGGUGUCCUUGAUCUGUUGAAGUUUAAAAGACGAAUUGCAACGGUUUUGUUGACGCAAAAUAGAAAACCACCAUCAACAUCUAGGGGACGACCAUCGGCAUUGGUAAAUAUUGAUAUCAGGUACGAUCGCCUUGACCAUUUGAUCAUAAUACAACCUAAGCAAACAAGAUGUGGGGAAUGUCAUGAUCGAACAACCACUAGAUGCCGAAAGUGUGACGUUGGACUUCAUGCAAAAUGUUUUGUCGCAUAUCACACAAAGUGAACUUA